AUGCCAUUUCUUAACACACUUCUAAAACCUUUAUAAAUAAGAGUCCUAAUUCCAUCUUUCCUUUCAAAAUACUUGAUCAAUCAUGUGGUCCUCAAAAUCCAAAUUGGCAAAACCAACUGAAGUAAAUGCUAAUCCUAUUGCUACUCCGACUGAAGCCAUGAUCUCAGACAUCAAUGGACGGCCUGUUCUUCAACCAGCCACUUCCAACCGCGUUCUAGCAAAAUAUCCUCUUAAAAAGAGUAUCUCACGUCCCAAACCGGCUUCCAUAGCUCCAACACCACCACCACCAUCUCAGACUAGUAACACUCCAAAUGCCAAAGCGAAUAAUAAUUCCCCUGUCUCGCCUAAGCUGAAAUCACCCCGAGUGCCUGCCAUUAAACGUGGUGGAAACAACCGAUCAGAUAAUACUAAUUCAAGCACAGACAGACCUCUUUUGACACCACCAACCAAAUGCAUAACUACAAAAACUGCAAUUCCUCUAAAGAAGUCAAAGACAAGUAUUGAAAGCAAAAGUACUAAUCCUAAUUCGUUGGUGGUAAAGUACUCAUCCGAGGCGAUUGUAGAUGCUCCUGGGAGUAUAGCAGCCGCUAGACGAGAACAAGUUGCAGUGAUGCAAGUUCAAAGGAAAAUGAAGAUAGCACAUUAUGGUAGAGCAAAGUCUGCCAAGUAUGACAGUUGUCAAAAACUGAUCACAACUUUGUUUGAUCCCAAUAUUCUUGUUAAUACAAAUAACAAUAAUAUUGUCACAGAAGAGAAAAGAUGCAGUUUCAUUACUCCUUAUUCAGACCCUAUAUAUGUUGCAUACCAUGAUGAAGAAUGGGGAGUUCCUGUUCAUGAUGAUAGGUUGCUGUUUGAAAUGCUGGUGUUGACAGGUGCUCAAGUUGGAUCAAAUUGGACUUCAGUCUUAAAGAAAAGGCAACUAUUUAGGGAAGCAUUCUCAGACUUUGAAGUAGAAGUUGUGUCGAAAUUUACAGAUAUAAAGAUAACAACAAUAAGUAGCUCUUAUGGGAUUGAAGUUGGACUUAUUAGAGGUGUUAUCAACAAUGCUACUUGUAUUCUUGAGAUCAAGAAAGCAUUCGGGUCAUUCGACAAAUACAUAUGGGGAUUUGUAAAUCACAAGCCCAUUGCAACAAACUACAAACCAAAUCACAAGCUGCCAGUAAAGACCUCUAAAUCAGAAGCCAUAAGCAAAGACAUGAUGAGAAGAGGAUUUCGGCAGGUCGGGCCUACUAUCAUUCAUUCCUUUAUGCAAGCUGUCGGGCUCACCAAUGAUCACGUCACCACUUGUCCGCGCCAUCGUUAUCUGACUCUCACCUAAAUAAUUAACAACUCCUAAUUACAUAUGUCAAGAAACUUUAUGAUCUAGAUAACUAACUAGAGGUACUUUAGGUUUGUUUUUUUGUUUUUACUUUUAAAGUUUGAGUGAGGUUUGUAUGAUAUGUUUGGUUUGGAUAGCUGUAAAGAUGAUACAUAAGCAUGUGAAGAGUGGCCAGAGAAUGGAAUCUGGGGCAUGUGGAAUCGGCUUUGGUGACCACUUUUUUUCUGUCAUUCAAUUGAGUAGUGUUAUAAGUUUGUAUAUAUCUUGCAUAUCUAUACCUUAAUUUUCCUUGUGGAAGGGGCUUGGUAGGGUAUAUUAAUCAAUGAGCCCAUUAUUUAUCAUGUUAAAAGUGAUGAUGAUGGUGAUGUUGGGGUUGCAUGUGGGCAUGGCAUCACCCUUUUUUAAUAUGAUAUGUAUAUGUAAAUGCUGACUGCAUAAGUUAAGCAUCUUUUUAUC